UUGCAAUAAUGAAUCAGACACCUUCUACAAUUGAUAUAUCUGAAAUACUCUAAGAUGAAGAACAACAAUACUAAUCUUAUGUUAGACAGGAAAGCACUUUGGAAAAGAAACUCCAAUACUCAAUAUCAGCUAAUAAUCAAAUAAAGGGAGUCAAUCAAUUAGAUAUUUGUAACAAAGAAGGAUGGUUAAAGAAAAAGAGUCCUAAGUUACUUGUAGGAUGGCAGGUGAGAUUGAAUAUAUCUAUUAGAAACGAUAUGUAAAGAUUUAAGAUGGGAAAAUGUUAUAUUUUAAAGGUUCUGACAAAUUUAAAGGUUGCAUAGAUUUUCAUUUGAUUUCAGUUUCGAUUACUCCUAUCAUGAAGAAUAAUCUAAUACACAAAAUAAAGUAAUUUUCUACAUCGAUAUUAAAAAAGAUUGGAAUUAAAUGGAAUUAAGAAGAUAUUUUAGUUUAAGAGUGUAGAUCAUAAGGAUUUGUAAGACUGGUAUCUUUGUAUCAAACAACAUAUUUUGAUUACAUAAUCCUAUCCAAAAAUGACACCUUUGAAUCAUGAGUCGAUGUGGAGAUUUGAGAGAGUAUCUGAAACUUAUUUCAGAAAGAAAGCUGAUACUGGUGACAUUCUAUUAUUUAGGUGACUAUUCACUUUAAUUUUAUUAGGGGGCAGUCUCCAUUAAGUAAAAUCUAAAGAGCUAUCACUGGGGAUAAUUUUGAUCAUGUUGCUUUAUUACUUCGAUAUAAUAAUGGAGAAUUAUUUUUAUUUGAAGCUAUGGGAUAAACAGUAAUUUUAAAUAUAUAAGGUUGAGGGUGUUAAUCUUUUAAGUUGGGAUGCUUUUAUGAAAAAUAAUUGGCACUCGUUGUAUUCAUAAAUGGUAUAUAGAUAAUUAGAAGUCAAUAGAUCAAAUGAACUUCUUGAAAAACUUGAAUAAUUUGUCAAGGUUCAUAAUAGGUUUUAUAGCUUAGGGAUCGAUUGGCAAAAGAUAUCAAAUGUCACCAAGUAAAUUGAUAAAACGAUUUACAAAAACAAAUGAAACUAUUGAUGAUCUAGAAAAAGAUGAAAAGACAUUUUUUUGUUCUGAACUUAUAGCAGCAGCGUAUAUUUUAAGUAAAUUUAGUUUUAAGAAAAUGGAAAUUAUAGAUGCAAAUCGAUGCGCUGCUUCUUAUUGGCCAGGUAUUUUUGCGUAGAAUUCUAAACUACAUUUAACAAAAGGCAAUUUGAAGUAAGAACAACUCAUCGAUUUUUCUUUAGUUUGA